UGCUGGAUCACAUUUAUGGAGACGCUAUGUCGAGACAUGCAAAUCGGUUGUUUGCCUUCGGAACCCUUCCCUUCAAGGCUGAUGGAGCUGGACCUCGACAGAAGAAUGAUACAGACUGCGGUGUUUUUGUCAUUAGGAAUAUGCAGCGAUAUGGUAUCGAUUGGGCUGCUACGUACAAUUCGGAUAUUGAGCGUGCAAGUUUGGUGGUCGAGUGUCUAAGGCAUCCGAAGAACGAGGUGGGAGACUUGCAUGUGACAGUGGACAGAUGCUUAGCUCGCAUCUCUGGAAGUAGAGAAGUAAGAGAAACUGCAGUGUUGCCGACCCCUUAAAUUUUUUGAAAAUUACCAUAGAAUGGUAUAUUUUAUAGUGGACUCUAUGUUGCCAAGUUAAUUGUCGAACAUG